AGGAAGGAAACCUCUGCAUGCCACCUGCAAGCUGAAAACCACAAGAAAGUGUUACCUUGGAAGAACUCUGAUCUCCUGCUUACAGAAGUGUGUCACGGUGUCUCCUGUGAAGUCAAGUCUUGGAAGAAGUUGUAACAUUGUUAUUUGCACUGUCCAGCAUCUACAGGCCCUGGAUUUUCUCAGGACCUGCAGCAAAACAACUCCACAAAAAGAAGCACCUUCAGUACAAAGAUGAAUAUCGGAAAGGCUUACAGCGCUGCUAACAUCAGCAAUGGAACAGAUCUAGCUAUUGGCUUUACCUCUUCCACAGUAGCCGUCCUUCUAUUUGGGACAAACUUCGUGCCUGUCAAGAAGCUUGAUACUGGUGAUGGCAUGUUCUUCCAGUGGAUUCUCUGUGCCUCCAUAUGGAUAGUUUCUUUGGUGGUCAAUUUGAUCCAGAAUUGCCCCCGGUUUUGGCCUCUGGCUAUGGUUGGAGGUUUUUUGUGGGCUACAGGCAAUGUUACAGUUGUCCCUAUUGUUAAAACUAUUGGCUUAGCUCUUGGUCUUUUGAUAUGGGCUUCUUUUAAUUUGCUGACAGGUUGGGCAAGUUCAAGGUUUGGUUGGUUUGGAAUUGACCCGGAAGAGGUAUCAAGACCAAUCUUAAAUUAUAUUGGGGCUGGACUUUCACUUAUAAGUGCUGUUAUAUUUCUUUUUAUAAAAACUGAAGUCCAGAGUUCUUCAGCUUCAUUAGAAAGCACACCUUUACUGAGAGAAAGUCAGUCUAUUAAUGUUUCUGAAGAUACCACUGAGGACUCAUGGGUGGACAAAUUUUCUCCAGCAAAAAGGAGGCUCAUAGGCUGUGGCCUGGCCGUAGUAGCUGGAAUACUCUAUGGUUCCAGUUUUGUACCAGUGCUUUACAUCAAGGACCAUGGAAGAAGAAAUGAAACUCUAUACAUAGGAGCAAGUCAGUUUGAUUUAGAUUAUGUUUUUGCACACUUCAGUGGAAUAUUUCUUACAAGUACCAUCUACUUUUUGAUAUACUGUGCAGUCAGGAAAAAUAAACCUUAUGUUUAUCCCCAAGCCAUAUUGCCAGGGUUUGUUUCUGGUGUGCUUUGGGCAAUAGCCAAUUGCUGCUGGUUCCUGGCCAAUCACUAUCUCAGUGCUGUCGUCAGCUUUCCAAUAAUUACUGCAGGUCCUGGCCUUGUUGCUGCAAUGUGGGGAGUCCUUGUAUUUAAGGAAAUCAAGGGACUGAAAAACUACGUGUUACUCUCAGUUUCGUUUUGCAUCAUUUUGGCUGGAUCACUUUCCACAGCUUUUUCUAAAGUUUGAAAGGACCUUCUGGACCAGCAGAUGGUGCUAGCGUUUAACACAAAUAGAACUACAGUGUUGGUAGAUCACAAUACAUAAUAACUUCCUUAAUGUAUGUCCAGCAUUUAUCCUCACUUGCUUCAGCCAAGUGGAAAAUGAAAACAUUUGGCAUGAAAGAAAAUCUGGAAAUACUUGUUUUGGUUUUUCUUGGUGUAGUAGGAAAAUCAAAGGACUUUAUUAAUCAAAGCUAAAUGAUUUUAUUAUUACUAAUUAUUGGGGUUUUUUUCAUUCAGGUGCUAAACUUUAAGUCAUCAUACAUUGGAGUUUACUGCUGUGAUGGUGGAUAGUGCUUUUAAUUUUAGUUUAAUACUGUAUGUGUGUGCAAGCUGAUUUGCUUAUUAAAACAUUUUCUUACUGACUUAAAUAAAGGAUAUGUCUUGAAAU